AUGAUCAUGGGCCGUGCCAAAGUAUCUUUAGAGAAGAAAACUGAAAUUAAAGCUUUGGUGGAAGCUGGAUUUAACCAACGUCAUAUUGCUAAGAGUGUUGGUGUGUCAAAAACAUGUGUUUUUGGUGUAGAACAAAAAUUAAAACAAAAUUUACCUUUAUUAAAUUUACCUGGACAAGGGCGCAAAAAAGCAUCAACAGCAACUGAUGAUCGAAAUUUAUUACGUUUAUGUAAAAAAGGUCGAACAAAAUCCAGUCAAGAACUAUCAUCUGAGCUAGUACUUUCAAAUGGUAAACGAUUGAGUACUCCAACAAUUCGUCGUCAACUUGUUGAUAUGGGGUACAGUAAUUAUACAGCAAAACGAAAGCCCUAUCGAAAACCUUCACAGCGAAGACAACGGCUUUCCUUUGCUCGACAACAUCAAUAUUGGGUGAAAGAAUGGAAUAACAUCAUCUGGAGCGAUGAAGCACAUUUUGAAGUACUUAAUCGUAAAAAUCGUACAUUCGCUCGCCGUUUGCAAAAUGAAAGUAAUGAACCAUUUAAUUUUCUUCCAAAGAUGCAAGGUGAUGCUGGUAGUGUUAGUGUAUGGGGGUGUAUGUCAGAUGGUGCUCGUGGUCCGUUGGUAAUGUAUUUGGGUAACGUUAAUGGUCCGGCUUAUAUCAAGAUAAUUGAAGAAACUUUACCAAUGUUCAUUGAAAAUACAUUUGAUCCAAAAAACAAAGAAUGGGCUUUUAUGCAAGACAAUGCACCACCACACACAUCGACAUAUUCUAUUAAAUGGUUCAAAGAUAAUAAUAUUAAUGUAUUUAAAUGGCCAGCGACAUCGCCCGAUCUUAAUCUCAUCGAAAACAUUUGGGAUCACAUUGAUAAAAAAUUACGAAAAAUGAAACACACGAAUGUUAACCAAUUACAGGAAAUGAUUCAAGAUAUUUGGCUUGGUGUAACACCUAUGUAUUGUCAAAAACUAGUCAAUUCCAUGCAAAAUUGUAUAAAACAAUGUAUCAAAUCUCGUGGUGGUACAUUCAACAAAUAUUAA